AUGGCUGAGUCCACCAGCAGCAGAGUUAAAAGUGGUAGUUUAAGCACUGGAGGAGUGCGUUUACCCCAGGAGCCCUCUCUCAAAGUUGGGGUGGUAUUGUCAGAUGAGAGAGUGGACUUCCUUCGGGAGCAGGCCUUCUGUGUCCUGCGAGUGAAGACGGAUAAAUGGAACCGCUUCAUUGGUGCAGAGGAGAACCAGAAGAUUAUUCUGGAUUUCCUGGAUCACAUCUGGACCAACAGGCUGCUGCUCUUCACCGGACCUGGAGGGACACUACAUGCAGGGGAUGCUCAGACGUCCCCACCAUGGAAGACCAAGCUGCUGUGUGUGCUAAAGAAGGGCGUAAAGAGAAUCGCUCGGCAAGGAUUCAGACUACAACUCCGACUGGGAGAGGUGCCUGGAUAUCCUAUGGAGCACCUUCCUAUUGUCAUCUCAGAGGUGCUGGUGUGUGUGCUGUCCAACGGUCUGAACCACGAGGACUGGCCUCGGGUGGUGUCCGAUGACAUCCACAGACACCUGGAGAAGCUGAGGAGCAGGGUGGUGACUCUGAGAGGCCGAGCCGAGGGACGAACGCUGCUGCCGCUGCCACUGUGCGUGGAGCAGGCCCGGCCUCAGGACAUUGCUCUCAGCCCCACUGGUUGGCCUUUGGACCGUGGCUUGUUAUACUCUAUAGAAACUCUGAUAGUUCAGUGGUCUGGACAAAUAUGGAAUGUCCUGAAGAAAGACUCUGGCAUGGUGCUGCUCCGUGGAGACCACCCGGGCCCCAACGUGGAGCUCCAGUUUUGGGCCACUCAGAGAGAAAACCUGCUGGGCAUCCAAUCACAAAUCCAGAGCCCCAAAGUAGAACAGAUCAUGGAGAUCCUGAGAAGAGUCAAGAGCAGUUACUACUCCUCCUUUAAGGAUGUCUGUCUCAAAGUCAAUGAUGCUGUGCUGGAAGCAGAGGACAUAGAUCUGUAUCUACGCCCUCUGAGAAGACUGAUCAGCAGCUUAGAAGAGAGGAGUUUCCCUCAAGUAGACGCUCUGCUGCCUCCUCUCUUCCACACUCUGUGUCUCAUCUGGAGCCAUUCCCAGUACUACUGCACUCCACAGCGCAUGGUGGUCCUCCUGCAGGAGUUCUGUAACCUCAUCAUUGAAAAGGCCUUUGCCUACCUUAUCCCAGAGGAACUAUUUAAGAUGGAGCUUGAAGAGGGGGUGGAGAGAGUCCAGAUAACCAUCUCAGUUCUGCGCACAUUCAAGCAGUUGUUUCACACUUACCGCCAGCGGAUCCCAGAGUACUACAGACGCAGCCAGACCAUCAAGCUGUGGGACUUUCCUGCUACACUUGUGUUUCAGCGUUCAGACCGCAUCAUGGAAAGGCUGCUUAUGAUUGAGGAGCUUUUUGCAACAGCACUGGACUUUCUGAAGCUGGAGAAGAUUGAACUGGGUGGGUCCAGAGGGAAAGUCCUCAGUGAGAUGGUCUUCAGCAUGAGCGAGGAGUUUCAUGACCGCUGGCGGGCCCUCAGAGAGAGCAAAUAUGACCCUUUGGACUAUACUAACGAUGAUUUUGUGCACCACUACAGGCGCUUCAUGGAGCAGAACAGAGAUUUUGACCAGAGGCUUGGGACUGUCCUCAAUCUGGCUUUCCAGCACUCCAAGAACCUGAAGUCAACCUUUAAGUUGUUAAAGAUUUUUGGCACCCUGCUUGAGAGACCCAGGAUCCACCAGCUGUUCUCUCCUAACUACAACAUGUUGUUGACCAUGUUCAACCAGGAAAUAGACCAUUGUCAGUUUAUACUUGAUCAACACAGAGAUGGGCUGCGGUCAGGCUGUGCAGUCCUGGGGAAAAAUAUGCCGUCAGUGGCCGGCAACCUCAAGUGGUCACAGGAGCUUCGGAAUCGCAUCCUCACCAACAGGAGUAACCUCUGCCAGCUGGCCCAUAUGCCUCUAGGGAGUGCUGAGGCAGACGAUGUCCUCCAUAAGUGUGAGCAUGUCCUGGAGAUUCUGGAUCAGCAGGAUGAGGAGCUGUUCUCAGAGUGGACUGAGGGCUUGGAGGAAAUUUGUCAAAUCCACCUGAAGGAACCACUGCUCACACUGGACACCGACACAGGCCUGUUCCAGGUCAACUUCAGUCCUGCUUUGAUGUCAGUGCUUAGGGAGGUGAAGUAUCUAGGUAUGUUGAAGCACCAAAACAUUCCUAAAGCAGCUCUCCAUCUCUACUCCAAACGGGAGAGACUCUACAUGUACACACAGACGCUGACCCUGGUGACCCAGUGGUACAACCAGCUCCAAAGUACCAUCCUUGCUGUAGAGCUGGGAUUGGUGAAAGAUGAGAUGGAUGCAACAAAACGACAGCUAGAGCCGGCCCUCCAGGAGCUUACCUGGGCUCAGGAUGACCUAUGGGACUACAUUCAGAGCACACGAAACCUGGUCAAGAACAUCUCUAGUCGUGUCCAGAGGAGCAAAGCUAAUGUGGAGAUUAUUCAGGCCCUUAUGGGUAAAAUCAGCCACCGGGCCUUCAUCACCAGAAAGAGCCGUGCCUCUGCUCUCCUCAUCUUCUCCGACAUUGACGAGAGUGUUUCCAAACAGCAUGCUUUCAUCACCAGCACAGGGGAGCAGAUACACAAACUUCUGCAGGAAAACCAGUCUCUGCUUGGUGUGACAGACCUGGACAGCAGUGAGUGGCGGGCCUACACAGACUAUGUGGAUCGAAUGAUCCUGGCGGGCUUCGCCAGUGCAGUGCGCUGCUCCCUGCAGUAUCUCAUGGACAACACAGAUGCAGCCCAACGUAUUACACCACUGUUUGAGGUCCAGCUGGUGCUCAACAGCAAUGAGAUGACCUUUGACCCCCCACUGGAUUUCAGCCACAGUGGUAACUUCUAUGAUAUUGUGGAUAAGAUGGUGGCCAACAUCACAAACAUAGCGUCCUUCAUUCCCAGAUUGGCGAAUCAUAAACAGCUGGAAAACUAUCAGUGUGAUAUAAAUGAAAUGGAGGAUUUGUCAGAGAUGUGCCAUAUAAUCCGCUCACGGGCACGUGCAGCUAUCGCUAAGGUGAGAGAAUACCAGGGAUCAUUUGCCAGCUACCGCUACCUCUGGACUGAUGAUAGAUCUGAAUUCAUGAGGCAGUUCCUUCUUUAUGGCCAUGUGCUGAGUACAGAAGAAGCCGAGCUGUAUGCCGACUAUGAACUAAAAAAGAACCCACCCACCCUGGAUAACUUCAAAGAGCAGAUCAACCUGUUUGAGUCUCUAUAUGUUCGAGUGAGCAAGAUGGAGGACAGGAGGGUGUUCUGUGGCUGGCUGCAGCUAGACAUCAAACCCUUCAAGCACACAUUGAUGAAUGUCAUCAAGAGGUGGAGCUGGAUGUUCAAGGAGCACCUGCUGAACCAUGUGAACCAGAGCGUGAGGGAAUUAUCCUCUUUCGUCCAGGACACAGCCCAGGGUCUCUCUAAAAAGGUGUCAGAUGGGGACUACGCAGGUCUUGUGGACACCAUGGGACACCUCAUGGCAAUACGAGACAGACAGAUCAGCAAUGAACAGCACUUCAAACCUCUCAAGUCUACUGCUGAGCUCCUCAAGACGUACGGACAGCAGCUGCCUGAGAGCGUCUACACACAGCUAGAAGAGCUGCCAGAGAAGUGGAAGGGUCUCAGGAAAAUUGCCUUCACGGUCAAACAUGAAGUGGCGCCUCUACAGUCAAAUGAAGUUUCAGUUAUACGCAGGAAAUGUGUCCGGUUUGAGGUGAAACAGCACGAGUUCAGAGAACAGUUUCGUACUGAAUCUAUCUUUAAGAUCAGUGUGGAGGAGCCUUAUAGACUCAUUGAUAAGACUAAUCGAGCAGUAGCAGUGAUGGAGGCGGAAAUGAAGAAGUUGCAGGACACGGCUGAUCUAUUUGAGGUCAGCUUCCCAGACUACAAGCAGCUGCGCCAGUGUCGCUCCGACCUCAUACUGGUCAAAGCAGUCUGGGACAUGGUCAUCUUUGUCAAGACCAGUAUAGAGGAUUGGACCAAGACUCCAUGGAAAGAGAUCAACGUUGAGCAGAUGGACAUGGAGCUCAGACGAUUCGCCAAAGAGAUGAAGAUGCUGGAUAAGGAGGUGCGGGUGUGGGACGUCUACAUGGGUCUGGAGUCGACUGUAAAGAACCUGUUGACCUCUCUGAGAGCUGUCAACGAGCUGCAGAACUCUGCAGUCAGAGAAAGACACUGGCAACAGCUUAUGAACACCACUGGGGUCAGGUUUGUAAUGGGAGAGGGCACCACCCUGGGGGACCUUUUGGAAUUACAGCUUCACCGAGUGGAGGACGAGGUCAAAAACAUAGUGGACAAGGCUGUGAAAGAAAUGGCCAUAGAGAAGGUUUUGGCAGAGAUAACCCAGACGUGGAGUGUUAUGUCACUGUCAUAUGAGACUCACACCAGCACAGGAACCCCUCUGCUCAAAGCAGAUGAGAACCUGAUAGAGACACUGGAGGACAACCAGGUACAACUGCAGAACAUUCUGAUGAGUAAGUAUGUGGAGUAUUUCCAGGCAGAGGUGAGUGGAUGGCAGAGGAAGCUGAUGGUGGCUGACUUAGUCAUCUCCUCCUGGAUGUCUGUCCAGAGGACCUGGGCUCACCUUAACAGCAUCUUCACCAACAGCCACGACAUCCGCUGCCAGCUGGCCAAUGACGCAGAGCGCUUCCAGGGAAUACAUGCUGACUUCCAGAACUUGAUGACUGAGGUGGUGCAGAACAGUAAUGUGGUAGGGGUGACCAAUCAGCCCGGCUUCCUGGAGAACCUAGAGACUCUGCAGCAGAGGCUGUCUGUGUGUGAGAAGGCCCUGGCAGAGUACCUGGAGACCAAGAGGCUCACGUUCCCCAGAUUUUACUUUGUCUCUGCCUCAGACCUCCUGGAGAUUGUCUCCAAGGGGACCCAGCCCAAACAGGUGACCAGACACCUGCUGAAGCUGUUUGACAACAUAGCAGAUCUUCGCUUCAAAGAUUCAGACAGAGAUGGAGGAGGGGCGGAGGAUGAGGAGGAGGCUGUUGCCAUAGGGAUGUACAGCAGAGAGGGAGAAUAUGUUCCGUUCUCUGAGCCGUGUGUCUGUGAAGGACAGGCAGAGUGUUGGUUAAGUGCCUUGGAGAACACCAUGCGCUGCACAGUCCGGAAGGAGAUCCAAGAGGCCGUAGCUGCCUAUGAAGACAAAGCACGAGACCAGUGGCUCUUUGACUACCCUGCACAGGUAGGGUUGACUGGUAGUCAGGUGUGGUGGGCUACUGAUGUGGGCAUUGCCUUUGAGAGGGUGGAGGAGGGAUUUGAGACAGCCCUCAAAGACUACAACAGAAAACAGAUUACACAGCUGAACUCUCUGAUCCACAUGCUCCUCGGAGACUUAACUCCUGGAGACAGACAGAAAAUUAUGACUGUCUGUACUAUCGAUGUCCACGCUCGAGACGUGGUCGCCAAUCUCAUAACUCAGAAGGUAACAACAGGUCAGGCAUUUGCAUGGCUGUCCCAGUUACGCCAUCGCUGGGAUGACGAAACCAGACACUGUUACGUUAACAUCUGCGACGCCCAGUUCCAGUUCAGCUACGAAUACCUCGGGAACACCAACAGACUGGUCAUCACGCCGCUCACCGACAGGUGUUACAUAACCCUGACCCAGUCCCUCCAUCUGACUAUGAGCGGUGCCCCCUCAGGCCCAGCUGGCACCGGUAAGACUGAGACUACAAAGGACCUUGGACGCUCCUUGGGCAUCAUGGUGUAUGUUUUCAACUGCUCAGAACAGAUGGACUACAAGUCCAUAGGUAACAUUUAUAAGGGUCUGGCUCAGACAGGAGUGUGGGGAUGCUUUGAUGAGUUUAACAGGAUCUCAGUGGAAGUGUUGUCUGUGGUAGCUGUACAGGUCAAAACUAUACAGGAUGCUGUGCGCAACAAGAAGCAAAGAUUCCAUUUCCUGGGAGAGGAGAUUGAACUGAAGCCAACAGUGGGGAUCUUCAUCACUCUGAACCCUGGUUAUGCGGGCAGGGCUGAGCUCCCAGAGAACCUCAAGGCUUUAUUCAGGCCCUGUGCCAUGGUGAUCCCAGACUUUGAACUGAUUUGUGAGAUCAUGCUGGUGGCAGAAGGAUUCAUAGACGCUCGUCUGCUGGCGUGCAAAUUCAUCAGCCUCUACACCCUUUGUAAAGAGCUGCUGUCAAAACAGGAUCAUUAUGAUUGGGGUUUAAGGGCCAUCAAAUCAGUCCUGGUCGUGGCAGGUUCUCUAAAAAGAGAGGAUCGUAGCAGACCAGAGGAGCAGGUGCUGAUGCGGGCGCUGAGGGACUUCAACCUGCCUAAGAUAGUGACCAGUGACGUGCCCAUAUUCCUCGGGCUUAUCAGUGACCUGUUUCCUCAGCUGGACGUGCCCAGGAAGAGAGACCCUGAGCUGGAGAAUGCUGUUCGCCAGUCGGUCAGCGAACUGCGUCUGCAGCCUGAGGAGAACUUCAUACUUAAGGUGACCCAGCUGGAGGAGCUGCUGGCCGUCAGGCACUCUGUGUUUGUAGUGGGUGGACCAGGAACUGGAAAGAGCCAGAUCCUGAAGACUCUCCAUAGAACCUACGCAAAUAUGAAAAUGAAGCCUGUGUGGACUGAUAUCAACCCUAAAGCUGUGACCACAGAUGAGUUGUUUGGAUACCUGCACUCUGCUACCAGAGAGUGGAAGGAUGGUGAGGUUACUCUUUGCUUCAUAUUAGGUCUGUUCUCCUCUACCAUGAGGGAGCUGACCUCAGUGGGCCAUGAUGGACCCAAAUGGAUUGUUCUGGAUGGUGAUAUUGACCCUAUGUGGAUUGAGUCACUCAACACAGUUAUGGAUGACAACAAGGUAUUGACUCUUGCCAGUAACGAGAGGAUCAGUUUGUCCUCCUCCAUGCGUCUGCUGUUUGAAAUCUCUCAUCUGAAGGCUGCUACUCCAGCUACUGUGUCCAGAGCAGGGAUACUCUAUGUCAACCCUCAGGACCUUGGCUGGAGCUCUUACGUGACGAGCUGGAUAGACACCCGACAUGCCCAAUCAGAACGAGCCAACCUCACCAUUCUCUUUGACAAGUACGUGCCAUACUGCCUGGAACAAGUGCGCUGCAACCUGAAAACCAUCACUCCCAUACCAGAAAAUAGCAUGGUGCAGACACUGUGUUCCUUGUUGGAUUGUCUGCUGACAGAGGAAAACACCCCAGCUGACUCUCCCCGAGAACUCUAUGAGAUCUACUUUGUCUUCGCUUGUGUCUGGGCCUUCGGCGGGGCUCUCUUCCAGGAUCAUCUGAAUGACUACCGUGCUGAAUUCAGCCGCUGGUGGUCUAAAGAAAUGCGCGCUGUGAAGUUUCCCUCCCAGGGCUCCGUCUUUGACUAUUUUAUAGACUCUGAGACUAAAAAGUUUACUCCCUGGAGCGAGAAGAUGGUACCAUUUGAGCUGGAACCUGAUGUACCAUUGCAGGUGUGUACCAGUGGUGUGUAUGGUUGUGUGCGUGCAGAAUUACUAUACAUUACACUCGUCAUUGACCACAUGCUGGACAAGCCUUUCAGUCGGGUCAUGCGAUACCUGUUUCAGACGGUGCUCGUCCACACCCCAGAAACUAUUUGUCUGACCUACUUCAUGGACCUGCUGCUGCAGAGAGGCAAACCUAUCAUGUUAGUGGGCACUGCAGGAGUGGGAAAGACCAUCCUGGUGUCUGAUAAAGUCGCCAAGCUGAAGGACGAUUACAUGGUAGCCAAAGUCCCCUUCAACUACUACACCACAUCAGCCAUGCUGCAGCGCGUCUUAGAGAAGCCCCUGGAGAAGAAAGCUGGCCGUAAAUUUGCUCCUCCUACCGCUAAGAGGCUCAUCUACUUCAUAGAUGACCUCAACAUGCCUGAGGUGGACGUUUAUGGGACCGUCCAGCCGCACACACUCAUACGCCAGCACCUUGACUACAACCACUGGUAUGACAGACAGCGACUGGUACUGAAGGAAAUACACAACUGCCAGUAUAUUACCUGUAUGAACCCAACAGCUGGAAGCUUCUCUAUCAACCCCAGACUACAGAGACAUUUCUCAGUGUUUGCGGUACAUUUCCCCAGUGCUGAUGCAUUAGCCACCAUCUUCUCCAGCAUUCUCUCCGCUCACUUCCUUCAGGGAGGAUUCAGCUACGGCGUCUCUCGCUCAGUCGGAACUCUCAUACAGGCAGCUAUUUGUCUGCAUCAGAAAAUCAGUCAAAACUUCCUCCCGACAGCCAUACGCUUCCACUACAUCUUCAACCUGCGAGACCUCUCUAACAUCUUCCAGGGCAUCCUGUUUGCCCUACCAGAGUGUAUCCGUUACCCCAUGGACCUGGUUCACCUGUGGCUCCACGAGAGCUCCAGGGUCUACUCUGACAAGCUGAUGGAAGAAAAAGAUGUGGAACUCUUCAACAAAAUCCUGCUGGACACUGGCAAGAGAUAUUUUGAGGGAAUAGACGAGUCCAUGUUUAUUCACCAGCCUUUGGUGUACUGUCACUUUGCCCAUGGAGUCGGGGAGCCUCGCUAUCACCAGGCUUCAGACUGGGAGAAACUCCAGAAGACACUGGCUGAUGCACUGGAGCAUUAUAAUGAGCUGCAUGCUGUCAUGGACCUGGUACUUUUUGAAGAAGCUAUCCAGCACGUAUGUCGUAUCAGUCGUAUCCUGGAGGCCCCCUAUGGUAACGCCCUGCUGGUGGGGGUUGGUGGAAGCGGGAAGCAGAGUCUGUGUCGACUGGCUGCCUUCCUCAGCAUGCUCGAAGUUUUCCAGAUCACGCUGCGUAAAGGCUACGGCAUCAAUGACCUCAAGAGUGAUAUCGCAGCAUUGUAUAUAAAGGUUGGGGUGAAGAACAUUGGGACAGUGUUCCUUCACACAGAUGCCCAGAUUCCAGAUGAACGCUUCCUGGUGCUCAUCAACGAUAUGCUGGCCUCAGGGGAUAUUCCAGACCUGUUUAGUGAUGAGGAAGUGGAUACCAUUGUGACAUCCAUCCGGAUGGAGCUGAGAGGACUGGGACUCAUAGACACCAGAGACAACUGCUGGAGCUUCUUUAUCGAGAGGAUACGAAGACAACUCAAGGUCGUCUUGUGUUUCUCUCCGGUCGGAUUCACGUUGCGGACACGUGCACGGAAAUUUCCAGCCCUGGUGAAUUGCACAGCGAUAGACUGGUUCCACCCCUGGCCUCAGCUCGCCUUGCAGUCUGUCAGCUGUACUUUCAUAGAGAAGAUACCUGGACUGGAGCCAAAUGUGAGGGCAUCUAUCAGUGAGUUCAUCUCUUACGCCCACACUAGUGUCAAUGAGGUGAGUGUCAAGUACCAGCAGAAUGAGAAGCACUUCAACUACACCACCCCAAAGAGUUUCCUGGAGUUUAUGAAGCUGUACGACAACCUGCUGGGGAAGAAACGCACAGAGCUGACUCAGAAGAUGGAAAGAUUAGAGAACGGCCUUCAGAAACUGCAGUCUACUGCCUCACAGGUGGAGGAUUUGAAAGCUAAGCUUGCAGUGCAGGAGGUGGAGCUGUGGCAGAGAAACACUGAUAUCGAAGCUCUCAUCGCAAAGAUAGGACAACAGACAGACAAGCUGAACCAAGAAAGGGCUGUGGCCGAUGCUGAGGAGCAAAGGGUGGCAGCAAUUCAAGCUAAAGUGACCAAACAGCAGCAGGAGACUGAGGAGGACUUGGCCAAGGCUGAACCUGCCCUGCAGGCAGCUAAUGCAGCCCUCAAUACUCUAAACAGGUUGAACCUGACAGAGCUGAGGACGUUCCCCAACCCUCCAGCUAUUGUCACCAACGUCUCAGCAGCUGUUCUGGUGCUUCUGGCUCCCCAAGGCCGAAUCCCCAAAGAUCGCAGCUGGAAGGCGUCCAAGAUGGUUAUGAGCAAGGUGGACGACUUCCUGCAGGCUCUGGUGAACUUUGACAAAGAGCACAUCCCCGAGGCCACUGUGAAGUGUGUCAGAGACGAGUACCUCAGCGACCCAGAGUUCAACCCGGAGUUUGUGCGUCAGAAAUCCUCGGCUGCUGCAGGGCUCUGCGCCUGGGUGAUCAACAUCGUACGCUUCCACGAGGUGUUCUGUGAGGUAGAGAUGAAGAGGAUGUGCUUGGCUCAGGCCAAUGCUGAUCUGGCCGAGGCUGCUGAGAAAUUAGAGGCCAUCAGAAAAAAACUCGCAGAGCUGGACACUAGCCUGGAAACUCUGACAACAGCAUUUGAGAAAGCCACGUCUGAGAAACUGCGCUUUCAGGAAGAGGUGAACCGCACCAACAAGACGAUAGAACUGGCCAAUCGACUGGUCAAAGGGCUUGAGAGUGAAAAUGUGCGUUGGGCCCACUCAGUGGCUCAGUACCAUGAACAGGAGGAAACACUCAGUGGGGAUGUCCUCCUCACUGCAGCUUUCAUCUCCUACUCCGGCUCUUUCUCCAAGAAGUACAGGAGAGAGCUGCUGGAUAACCUCUGGAUGCCGUUUCUGCGCAGCCAGAAGAUGCCCAUCCCCAUGACAGAGGGCUUAGAUCCAGUGUCAAUGCUGACUGAUGACGCCACAGUCGCCCAGUGGAACAACGAAGGCUUACCAGGAGACAAAAUGUCCACUCAGAAUGCGACCAUCCUCACUAACUGUGAGCGCUGGCCUCUCCUCAUUGACCCUCAGCUGCAGGGCAUCAAGUGGAUCAAGAGUCGCUAUGGCAGCAGCCUCAAGGUCAUCAGUCUCGGGCAGAGAGGUUAUGUAGAUGUAAUAGAACAAGCUGUAGUGGCAGGCGACACUGUCCUCAUCGAGAACCUUGAGGAGACGAUUGAUCCUGUUAUUGACCCUCUGCUGGGGCGACACACAAUCAAGAAGGGCAGUUGUAUAAAGGUUGGAGACAAGGAGUGUUUCUUCCACCCAGGCUUCAGACUGAUCCUGCACACUAAAUUGGCCAAUCCUCACUACAAACCAGAGAUUCAAGCCCAAACCACCCUCAUUAAUUUUACCGUGACCAGGGACGGACUGGAGGACCAGCUCCUGGCCCAGGUGGUGAAUCAGGAGAGACCUGACCUCGAGCACCUCAAGAGCGAACUGACCAAACAGCAGAACAUGUUUAAGAUUGAGCUGAAGCUUCUGGAGGAUGAGCUGCUGACCAGGUUGUCUGCUGCAGAGAGUAACUUCCUGGGCGACAACGUGCUGGUAGAGAAGCUGGAGACGACCAAGCACACUGCUGCUGAGAUUGAGAUGAAGGUUCUAGAAGCUAAAGUUAAUGAGGUGAAGAUAAACGAAGCCAGAGAACACUAUCGUGCUGUUGCUGUCCGAGCGUCUCUUCUCUACUUCAUCAUGAAUGAUCUCAACAAGAUCAACCCCAUGUACCAGUUCAGCCUCAAGGCCUUUAACGUGGUUUUUCACAAAGCGGUGGAGAUGGCAGAGGCCUGCGAGGACGUGAAGAGUCGAGUAAACACCCUCAUCGACUGUGUCACCUACUCCACCUUCAACUACAUCAGCAGGGGACUAUUUGAGAGAGACAAGCUCACCUUCACCGCACAGCUAGCCUUCCAGCUGCUCCUGAUGAGUAAGGAGAUAGACGUGCGAGAGCUAAACUUCCUGCUACGUUUUAACAUUGACCAUAACUACGUCAGCCCCCUCGACUUUCUGUCCAACUCAGCGUGGAGCGCCAUCAAGGUGAUGAGUUUCACUGAUGAGUUUCGCGGUCUGGACCGGGACAUCGAAGGCUCUCCUAAACGCUGGAAGAAGAUGGUGGAGUCAGAGUGUCCAGAGAAGGAGAAGUUUCCUCAGGAGUGGAAAGGGAAAAGCUCCCUGCAGAAACUCAUCAUGAUGAGAGCUCUGAGACCAGAUCGUAUGACCUAUGCUCUUAGGAACUUUGUGGAGGAGAAGCUUGGCGUUAAGUACACAGAGGGCCGAAAGACUGAGUUUGCAAAGUCCUUCAGAGAAAGUGGUCCAGCCUCACCCGUGUUCUUCAUCCUCUCUCCGGGAGUGGACCCACUUAAAGAUGUGGAAUCACUGGGAAGGAAGCUGGGUUUCACUAUCGACCUCGGGAAGCUUCACAACGUGUCCUUGGGCCAGGGCCAAGAAGCUGUGGCCGAGGUUGCCAUGGAGAAGGCUGCCAAGGAGGGCCACUGGGUGAUAUUGCAGAACAUCCACCUUGUUGGUCGCUGGCUUGGUUCACUUGAGAAGCUCCUGGAGCGCUGCUGUGAAGACAGUCAUCCCGACUACAGAGUGUUUAUGAGCGCCGAGCCGGCACCAAUGCCUCAGGAGCACAUUAUCCCGCAGGGCAUUCUGGAAAACGCUAUCAAGAUCACCAACGAACCUCCUACGGGUAUGCAUGCCAAUUUGCAUGCUGCUCUGGAUAACUUUGACCAGGACAUUCUGGACCAGUGCAGCCGUGAGCAGGAGUUUAAGACCAUCCUCUUUUCUCUGUGUUACUUCCAUGCCUGUGUGGCGGAGAGGAGGAAGUUUGGUCCCCAGGGUUGGAACAGAAAGUAUCCCUUCAACACCGGAGACCUGACGAUAUCUGUAAACGUCCUCUACAACUACCUGGAGGCUAACGCACAGGUGCCGUGGGAGGACCUGAGGUAUCUGUUUGGGGAGAUCAUGUAUGGAGGACACAUCACCGAUGACUGGGACAGACGUCUCUGCAGAACAUACCUGGAAGAAUACAUGCAGCCCAACCAGUUUGACCGGAAACUUGCUUUAGCUCCUGGGUUUGUCGUCCCCUCCAACCUGGACUAUCAGGGCUACCAUGAUUUCGUAGAUGAGAUGCUGCCCCAUGAGAGCCCGGUGCAUUAUGGGUUGCACCCGAAUGCAGAAAUUGAGUUCCUGACAGUGACCUCAGAUAAUCUUUUCCACACUCUGCUGGAGCUGCAGUCUCCUGAUGCUGUGAUGGGGGAGGGAGCAUCACAGACGCUGGAGGAGAAGGUGAAAACUAUUUUAGAUGAGGUGCUGGAGAAGCUACCAGAAGAGUACAAUAUGUCCGACAUCACCUCCAAGACAGCUGAGCGGUCCCCAUACAUCCUGGUCUGCUUCCAGGAGUGUGAGCGCAUGAACACACUCAUCUCUGAGAUACGACGCUCGCUCAAAGAGCUUGACCUAGGGCUCAAGGGUGAACUGGCCAUCUCCUCUGAGAUGGAGAAGCUGCAGACGGCCUUGUUCUUUGACAACGUCCCUGAUACCUGGACCAAGCUGGCAUACCCCUCCACCUACAGCCUGGCUAUAUGGUAUAAUGACGUUUUGCAGCGUUGUAAAGAGCUGGACAGCUGGACUCAGGACCUGUCUCUGCCCAGUGUCGUCUGGCUGUCUGGUCUUUUCAACCCACAGUCCUUUCUCACUGCGGUGAUGCAAUCUCUGGCGCGCAAGAACGAGUGGCCCCUGGACAAAGUGAACUUGACAGUGGACGUGACCAAGAAGUUUAAGGAAGAGUUCAACCAGCCCGCCAGGGAGGGUGCAUAUGUCUACGGACUUUACAUGGAAGGUGCGAGAUGGGACACUCAGGCUGGGGUGAUCUCCGAGGCCCGUCUGAAGGAACUAACCCCUCCCAUGCCCGUCAUCUCGGUCCGAGCUGUGCCCAAUGACCGCCAGGAAACCAGGAAUAUCUACGAGUGUCCGCUCUACAAGACCAAGAUCAGAGGACCCACGUAUGUGUGGACUUUCAGCCUCAAAACCAGAGAGCGACCUGCCAAGUGGGUUCUGGCCGGAGUGGCUCUGCUUCUCAGCGUGUGAGAGGGAUUUAUUUUACUGGGCCAGUUUUGCACUUACUCAUCAUCAAUAUUAUUCAUUUUGUAAAUGUUUUACAAAUAGUGCAAUAUAAACAUUUUACUAGAGG